AUGGCUGCGGAACUCACUGCUCUUGAACAGAAUCAGACAUGGACCCUUACGUCUCUCCCUUCCGGUCAUCGUCCGAUUGGGUGUAAGUGGGUCUACAAAAUUAAGUACAACUCAGAUGGUACAGUUGAGCGAUACAAGGCUCAGUUGGUGGUGAAAGGCUUCACUCAACGUGAAGGAAUUGAUUACAAAGAGACAUUUGCUCCUGUCGCCAAAUUGACCACUGUCCGUUGCCUGCUUACUGUUGCCGCCAUCCGUAAUUGGUCUCUUCAUCAAAUGGAUGUCCAAAACGCAUUUCUCCAUGGUGAUCUCACUGAGGAGGUGUACAUGCAACUACCUCCUGGGCAACAUAUGGUGUGCCGACUCAACAAAUCCUUUUACGAGCUCAAACAAGCUUCUCGUAGCUGGUUCCACAAGUUCUCUAAUGCUAUCCAGCAAGGUGGUUUUCAUCAGUCAAAAGCCGACUAUUCCCUAUUCACUAAAGUGUCUGGCACCUCCUUUACAGCUCUACUCAUUUAUGUCGAUGACAUGAUCAUCACCGGCAACGACGACAAUGCCAUUGCCUCUCUUAAAGACUUCCUUCGCACCAAAUUCGCAUUAAAGACCUUGGUCAAAUGCGGUACUUCCUUGGUGUCGAAGUUGCUCACUCCAUUGAUGGGAUUUCAAUAUCUCAACGAAAAUAUACACUUGAUAUUUUGA